AGUUGUGGAGACAUUUGGCGCAAGUUUUGUUUCUUAAGUCAGUCAGACUAGAGCGCGCCAGAGACCACACGAAAUCCAUCUAGACGACUAGCCGAAUACCACUUAAUCAAGAACUGAAAUAAGUCUUUUGAAACCGGUCUGGACGCUAAAGUGCUCACAGGGAAGAUGCCCAGCACACGUUCCCAGGCUCAGUCUAUCCUCCAGUUCCCCAGACGCAAGUCCUCUGGGGUUGACUCAAAAAGCACCCCCUCCAAGAGCACAUCCCAGCUGAAGGAGACCCAGUCCCUCUGCUCCGUGGGGGCUUCUAAACCGCAGUCCCUUCCAGAGAGGGCCCAGCUAACGCCCCUCUCACAUGGACCCGUGGCCCUCAAAGACAUAACUUUGUGCCCAAGAAUACCCCUCAGCCCUCGCAAACGCACAGGAGAUGAAAAUGGCUGUAACCUCAGUGCCACCCUACUGGGCUCUCCUCCCAAACAGCCCUGCCUUAACCUGGCCUCCCCCCACAAGCUGGGCUUUGAUGAGAACUCCCUCCUAUCCCCGAGGAGACUACUGACCCCCCUCUCCCCCAAACAGCAGCCCCUCUCCCCAACCUCCUGCCCCAGGGCCUCCCCCAGCAGACUGCAUGAGACCCCCAGUGGGAGCCCAUCAUGUCCCCGAUCAGAGAAGACCCCUGGGGUCCGCCUCUUUGCUGAAAAGUCUAAGUUCCACAGUGUGAAGCAGGCCCUCCACACUGCUGUCCCAGAGCGCCUGCUAUCCCGGGAGGCCGAGAGGUCCUCCAUCCGCUCCUUCCUGGAGGACAAGGCCCUGAAGGCCAGCCCGGCCAGCCUCUACAUCUCUGGAGCCCCCGGCACCGGCAAGACUGCUUGCCUCAACUGUGUGUUGCAGGAGAUGAAGGAUGAGCUGAAGGCGAUUCAGACGGUGGUGUUGAACUGUAUGGCUCUACGUAGCUCCCACGCCAUCUUCCCCUUGCUGGCAGAGAAGCUGGGGGCCUCCGGGGGCCACACUGACACCAAGCUGCAGAAACUGCUGACCAGCACAGGGCCCACUGUUCUUCUAGUCCUGGAUGAAAUGGACCAGUUGGACAGCAAGGCCCAAGAUGUUCUCUACACCAUCUUUGAGUGGCCCUACCUGCCCAAGUCCCGCCUCUGUCUCAUCGGUAUCGCCAACGCUCUGGACCUGACCGACAGGAUCCUCCCCCGGCUGCAGGCCCUGCCUCGCUGUCGCCCCCAGCUGUUACACUUCCCUCCCUACAGCCGCCAGGAGCUCGCCGCCAUCGUGCAGGACCGACUCGCACAGGUGUCCGGAGAAGGGUUACUGGACGCGUCGGCCGUGCAGUUUUGUGCCAGGAAGGUGUCUGCUGUGUCGGGAGACGCACGCAAAGCUCUGGAUAUCUGCCGGAGAGCUGUAGAGCUUGUGGAAUCUGACGACCGAAAGAAGGCCGCAGAAGCGACAGCGUCUCGUGUGAGCGUGCCCCAGGUGGCCAGGGUGCUGUCGGAGGUGUACGGGGACCGCAUGUCCUCCUCCGAGGGAGAGAGCUUCCCCCUCCAGCAGAAACUACUGGUCUGCUGUCUGCUACUGCUCACCCGCAACGGCAAGAACAAAGAGAUCCCACUGGGCAAGCUCCACGAGGUGUACAGCCGCCUGUGUGCCAAGAGACAGGUGGGUGGCGUGGGCCAGGGCGAGUGCCUCUCCCUCUGCGGUCUGCUGGAGAGCCGGGGCAUCUUUGCCCUGAAAAAAGCCAAGGAGGCUCGCCUCACCAAGGUUUCUCUGAAGAUUGAGGAGAGGGACGUGGAGAACGCUCUGAAGGAUCGCACCCUGCUGGGCAGCAUCCUGACCUCUGGCCUACCAUGACCUCUCACCCCAAUGAUAUCAACUGACCCAGAUUUAUAUUUGUGACUUAUUUUUUAAAAUAUUUUUUUUUGGGGGGGUGUACUAUUUAUUUUUUUGUCGGAUGAUGCAUAUCCAACUAUGACUUCCCUUUUUCAGAACAAUGGGAAAUGCAGCGAUUAGUUACGUUUUUAUUAACAGAUUAUGAACAUGGACUAAACAUUUCAAAUGGUCAGCCAAACUGACUAGCUGCUUUUAACUUGAGUUUAAAAUGCUAAUUUUAUUUUCUUUGGGGGGGGGUGAAAACCGUAUGUACAUUUAUGUUGUAAUAAAUGAAUGUACAAACUUUUUAAA